AUGUGGGCACUAGAGCAACAUCUGGAGGAGGAGAGAAAACAAGGAAAAAGAGCGUGUCAGAGGCCGAUGGAGGAGCAGAUGCAUGCAAUACAGGGCUUUGUCAAGAGCUUUCAACCAUGUAGCAGCCCUACAACUCUGCCUCCACCUUCACAUCAAUGGGCGAAGUUUGAAGUUUGGAGGGAAAUCAAAAGAUGUUGGUUAGCACAGGAAAUGCAAUUGCAAGCCAAUAUUCGACCCACCAUACAGACCACCAAAAAGAUCAUCCUCCUUCGCUAUCCUCUAUCUUCUCUGUCCAACCCCUUCUUUCAACCCUUUCGCCAUAGCAGUGCACACUAUUUACACCUUUCAACAUCAUCAUCAUCGCAAUGGUUCUCUCUCCUUCGCACUGCCAUUUCCACAAGCAACCUGCGUCUUGGCAAAUCCAUACACGCGCAUAUCAUCAUCUUCGGCCAUUCUGCCAACCGAUUCUCAACCAACAACCUCAUUACAAUGUACUCCAAAUGUGGGUCCCUUUCGGAUGCCCGCCUGCUGUUCGACAAAGCUCCCAACCGAGACAUUGUCACCUGGAAUUCUAUCCUAGCCGCCUAUGCCCUCUCCGCUGAUGCCAAUGAUGGCCUGGUUCAUGAGGGUUUUUGCCUUUUCCGCCUUCUUCAUAGCUCAUCUGCUGUAUCCCCCACUAAACACACCUUAGCUCCCGCCUUGAAGUUGGGUUUGAUAUCUGGAUAUGUUUGGGCUUCGGAGGCAAUUCAUGGGUACGCCGUUAAGAUUGGUUUGGAACUGGAUGUCUUUGUUUCUGGUGCUCUUAUUAAUAUCUAUUGCAAGUCUGGACGAAUUACAGAUGCCAGGGUUUUGUUCAAUGACUUGCCUGAAAGUGACCGGGAUGCUGUACUGUGGAAUGUCAUGCUUAAAGCGUAUGUGCAUAUGGGUCUUGAGAAAGAAGCAUGUACUUUCUUCUCAGAUUUCCACCAUGGCGGGUUAGGUCCCGAUGACGUUAGUGUGCAGUGCAUUCUUAGUGGUUUCCCUGAGGUAAAGUUUGACCAAGACAACAAGUUUGUAGAACAAGUUCAAGCAUAUGCAACUAAAUUGUUUUUGUAUAAUGAUACUUUGGACGUGAUUUUGUGGAAUAAAACACUGUGUCAGCAUUACCAAGCUGGUGAAAUUUGGGCUGCCUUUGAAUGCUUUCUAUAUAUGAGCAGAUCAAAUGUAGGUUACGAUCGUGUGACAUUGAUUGUUGCUCUUGCCGCCACUGUGGCUACCAAUGAUAUGGAGCUGGGCCAACAGAUUCAUGGCUUGGCUUUUAAAUCAGGUUUUGAUCUAGAUACUGCUGUUGCAAAUAGUCUUAUAAACAUGUAUUCGAAGGCGGGUUGUUUUAGUUUUGCAAGAAAAGUAUUCAGUGGUAUGCAGGAAAUGGAUUUAAUUUCUAGGAAUUCAAUGAUAGCAGGUUGUAUGCAGAAUGGUUUAGAGGCGGAAUCAGUGACACUGUUUCUAGAUCUGUUACGUGAUGACUUAAGGCCAGAUCACUUUACGUUGGCAACUGUACUGAAGGCUGUUGCUUCUCUUACUCCUGGACUAUCUCUUAGUGAACAAAUCCAUGUUCAGGCAUUGAAAACUGGGAUUGUUACUGACAGUUUUGUUUCCACAGCACUUACUGAUGUUUAUUCUCGGAGGGGAAAAAUGGAAGAGGCAGAGUUUCUUUUCCAAAACCAAGACGAAAUUGAUUUGGCAUCUUGGAACGCAAUGAUUUUUGGGUAUAUAAAUUGCAAUAAUUGUCGUAAGGCAUUGGAACUCUUCACUCUGAUGCACAAAAGUGGAGAAAGGCCAGAUGAGAUCACGUUAGCAACUGUGGCUAAAGCCUGUAGUGGCUCGGUUGGGUUGGAACAGGGGAGGCAAAUGCAUGCUCAUGCGGUAAAACUUGGGGUUAGUUCAGAAUUAUAUGUCGGUAGUGGUAUUCUCGAUAUGUACAUUAAAUGCGGAGAUAUGGUGGAUGCGUUCACAGUUUUUGAAGAAAUCCCUGCCCGAGAUGAUGUUGCAUGGACAGCUAUGAUCUCAGGAUGCGUGGAAAACGGAGAUGAGGCCUGUGCUCUUUUAAUAUACCAUCAGAUGCGGGAAUCUGGUGUACUACCUGACGAAUAUACCUUUGCUACCCUCAUUAAAGCUAGCUCUUGCUCAACAGCUCUGGAACGAGGAAGGCAAAUUCAUGCAGAAGUGAUCAAGUCAGAUUAUGCUUCGGACCCUUUUGUUGGCACUUCUCUUAUUGACAUGUAUGCCAAGUGUGGCAACAUAGAAGAUGCCUAUUGCUUAUUCAUGAGAAUAGAUGUGCGAUCCAUUACCCUGUGGAAUGCCAUGUUGGUUGGUUUAGCUCAACAUGGACAUGGCAGAGAAGCUCUAAACCUUUUCAGAGAUAUGGAAAUUCAUGGUAUGGAGCCCGAUCGGGUUUCUUUUAUUGGAGUUCUUUCUGCCUGUAGCCAUUCUGGCUUGAUUUGUGAAGCUUACUUGUAUUUCCAGUCCAUGUUGAAAGAUUAUGGUAUUCAGCCUGAGGUCGAACAUUAUUCUUGCCUUGUGGAUGCCCUUGGUCGUGCAGGACGUCUCCAGGAGGCAGAAAAACUGAUUGCUUCAAUGCCCUUUGAAGCUUCUUCUGCAAUGUAUAGGGCCCUGCUUGGUGCUUGUAGGGUUCAGGGGGACAGAGAAACUGGAACACGGGUGGCAACUCGGCUCUUGGCCUUGGAGCCGUCUGACUCAUCAGUUUAUGUUCUUCUAUCCAAUAUCUAUGCUGCUGCCAACAAGUGGGAUGAGGUAACUGAUGCUAGAAAAAUGAUGCACAGGAAGAAUGUCAAGAAAGAUCCAGGUUUUAGUUUGGAUUGA